CUGAUGGCAGAGGUCUGCACCCACACCCUUUUUGGUGACUGAGGUCUGAGAGAAAGGGGGAGUGGGUGCUGAGUGAGGUUGCCAUGGUAAUGGGGCUAUUUGGGGAGUUAAGAUUAGGACCCGUGUCUGCAGACGACUGAGCCGGGUGUAGAAAAAGCCCCAAUGGGCUGACAAGGGACAGAAGACACCAGGCAGGCCAGAGUGCCUGGCUAGUGGUCCAGGUAGCUGGCUACAAGACAGGCAUACAAGGUGAAGGGCUUGGCUUUCGCCAAGGUCUGGACUCAGGCUGGAAGGUUAAUCCCAGGCUGAGGACUCCCUCUGGGCACAUUGUGAGGGGGAGCCCCAGCAUCAUUGUGACCCGCUUACCCCCAAAGCCUCUGGGACAGGCAGGCUGGGUACUGGGGCACAGUGGGCUGGGGGCCUAGGGGCCCUGGUGGCCCUAGGGACCCCCAUGGCCAUGGCUGAGCAGCCAUGGCCCAGGUGUGACUCAUAUCAUAGCCCCAACACCAACAGCUGUCAGGACCUGGGCAACUCCAUCCUGUUGCUGCUGGGCCUCAUCAUCUGCAUUAACAUUGGCAUCAAUCUGGUGACGCUGCUCUGGCGCAGACUUCGUGUCUUCUUACACCACAUGUUCUGCCAUAUGGUUUGUGACAAAGAAGCUUCUAAAUUAUCCUCACGGGAAAAGACCUCGCCCCCAAAGCAGAGCUCCCCUGAAGUCCACCUUAGAUGCACCAUGGACCCUUUGAAAAUGACCCUGACACCCCCACCCGCUCGCCGCCUUCGCCAUCGAGGCUCAUCAGCACGCUGUGCCCACCACCCAAAAGCCUGGGCACCUGACACUGACGAUGAGGAGAAGGCCCCUCAUCAGCAUCCAGCAGUCUACUCCCACAACUGGGAUGACCCCUCAGACUGGGAAGGCUUCCAAUCCACCCAGGGGUUCUGGGCUCCCUGGGCCCAAGACUCUGUGGAGCUGCCUCCCCAGACCAUUCGUUUCCAGCAGACCAUAGAGGGAAGCCCCCUCAAAAGAGAGAUUCGGUCAGAACUGGACCUAGAGGCCUAUGUAUACCCUGUGAAUCCCCCGCCCCCCAGCCCUCAGGUCCCGAACCGUAAGAACAGUGGAGGGGGGACAAGGACCCAGGGGGAGCAGGAGCAGUGCUCCCCUGACCCCCCAGCUCCACCACCGAUCAAGGGUCCAGCAUGUGUCCCAGAUAUCCCUCGGCACCCCUCCUUAGCCCACAUAACAUAUGAUGCCCGUGAUGUGAGGCGGCGGCUUCGGGAGCUGACCCGGGAGGUGGAGGCUCUGUCCCACUGUUACCCCAUGGCCUCCAGAUCCAGUACUGCUGAGGGGAUGGGCAAGGACUGGGUAUACCAUCCCCUGACAGAGAGGUGACUAGGAGAAUAAUAAAAAAAAAAAAGAAAGAAAGAAAAAAAAGGAGGUGGUUUGUGGUGGAGUGGAGGGUGG